UGGUGCACACCAUAGUUUGCUGUGGUGGGAGGUCCAGUAGGAGUGCUUGUUAUGGCGUCGUCGGAUCGAAAGCUAAUUGUGGUCUCCGGGUUCGGGCCAUUCCUCGGCCACGAAACAGUCAAUGCCAGCUGGGAGGCUGUGAAGCUCCUUCCCGAAGUCCUCUCCCACAAUGACAUAGAAUACGAUAUAGAAAAGCGUCUGGUUGCGGUGGAAUAUGGAGCCGUUGAUGAGGCCGUGACGGAGAUUUGGAAGCGCCAGCCAGAUCUGGUCAUUCAUGUCGGCGUUUCGGGGGUCGCAAAGUGCGUCUACAUCGAGAAGCUGGCUUACAACCACAAGUUCCGAAGAGCUGAUAAUUGUGAUAAAAGAUUACCCAACGGCAGUUGCGAACUCCCCAACCAUGGGCAUGCGAAUGUUUUGAAGACCGAGCUCGAUGUGGAUAAGAUUGUGGCGAUCGUAAAUGAGAAAUGCGCCGACUGCGUGGCUCCCACAGAACCCCCGCACAGUGAUAAUGCCAGGCAUCUGAGCGCUACGAAGGCCUCCAAAAAUGUGGGCGACUUUCUGUGCGGCUACAUCUAUCUCAAGUCCCUGGAUAUGGACAAAAAGCGAAGUCUGUUCGUGCAUGUACCGCCCAUAGAUAAGCCUUUUAGCAGCGAGAAAACUGCCGAUAUUGUUUUCCGCAUAGUCGAGCAAUGUAUUCAACAGGUGGUCGCAUGUGACGCCUGAAUUCCGUGUUUGCAGUGUGCAUUUAAUUGUAUUCUACAUCUGUAUGUCUGUUUAAGUUGUUGAAUAAAUGAGUUUUAUUUAUAUUUUA